GCUUCACUCGCAGAGCCAAACAUCCAGCCUGACGCAUCCUCCAGCGUCCCACCGCGCGUUCCUUCACCGGUUGUGACGCGCGCAUCUCGGCCGCCAGGACUGAGGAGAUACCGGGCCCAGAUCUGUGGAGCUCCCGCUGUGAGAAUUACCUCUGCUGAGAUCCACGACAACAGAAGGUCGCGUUUCUGACCACAGUCAUGGUGCGCACCUGUCCGACCUGCGCUGCUGCUGCACCGGACUCUUACUGAAGACUGAAGAAAAGGGCAACUUUUGGAGGAAACGAAGUUGCUGUCCGAGCGGAGGUGGAGCGGAGUCCCUCCAUCAGUACGAGAGUCCCACCUUUUUCCUUGCGUUUUUACUGCUGAUAGAGAGGCGAAACGGCGACUUCAGUUGAUUAUUUGUCUUUGCUUUGCUAUCCGAUGGAUAUUCACUGCAAGGCGGACCCAUUCAGUGCGAUGCACCGGCAUGGAGGUGUGAACCAGCUUGGCGGGGUGUUCGUCAACGGCAGACCCCUUCCGGACGUGGUUCGGCAGCGGAUAGUGGAGCUGGCUCAUCAGGGGGUGCGACCCUGUGACAUCUCGAGACAGCUCCGGGUCAGCCACGGCUGCGUCAGCAAGAUCCUGGGCAGGUACUAUGAGACUGGCAGCAUCAAGCCGGGCGUUAUUGGCGGCUCCAAACCCAAAGUGGCGACCCCGAAAGUGGUGGAGAAAAUAGCGGACUACAAGAGGCAGAACCCCACCAUGUUCGCCUGGGAGAUCCGAGACCGGCUGCUGGCGGAAGGCAUCUGCGACAACGACACCGUCCCCAGCGUCUCCUCCAUUAACCGGAUUAUCCGUACAAAAGUCCAGCAACCGUUUCAUCCAUCUCCUGAUGGCUCGUCGCUAUCGGCACCAGGCCACACCAUAGUACCAAGCACAGUGUCUCCGCCAGUAACCAGCGCCUCCAAUGACCCUGCGGGUUCUUAUUCCAUCAAUGGAAUUCUCGGUAUUCCCAGAUCCAAUGGGGAAAAGCGGAAAAGAGAUGACGAUGGCUCAGAUGGUUCUGGCCCAAACAGUGAUUCUCAGGGUAGUGUGGAGAGUUUACGGAAACACCUGAGGGCUGAUGCCUUCACUCAGCAGCAGCUGGAAGCAUUGGACCGGGUCUUUGAGCGUCCCUCGUACCCUGACGUCUUCCCCACAUCGGAGCACAUCAAACCUGAACAGGCUAAUGAGUACUCGCUCCCUGCCCUCAAUUCCAGCCUGGACGAAGUCAAGCCCAGUUUAUCCUCCAGCACCAACCCAGACCUGGGCCCCAGCGUGUCGCAAAGCUACCCUGUAGGUCGGGACAUGGCCAACACAACCCUCCCCGGGUACCCCCCUCAUGUUCCCCCCACCGGCCAGGGCAGCUACCCGACCUCCACGUUGGCUGGAAUGGUUCCUGGCAGUGAGUUUUCAGGGAACCCAUACAGUCACCCACAGUACACCACCUACAACGAAGCCUGGCGGUUCGGAAACCCAGCGUUACUAAGUUCCCCUUAUUAUUAUAGUGCCGCAUCGAGAGGCUCGGCCCCGCCCACUGCUGCCACUGCCUAUGACCGUCACUAGUUACCAUGGAAACCAAAUCCACCUGCAGGACCACGGCCUCAGCCUCCACAUUUCCCCGGUUUGAGACCCACACUUCACUGGACGCCCAUCAAAGACAGUUUGGAAAAUCACCUCCAAGCUUUUUUUUUUUUUUUUUUGGGGGACGCCGAAUGCCAAAAAAGAUUGACAAAAUUACGACAGACCUGACUUUUUUGGAUGGAUAAGCAAAAAAAAGAUGGUUUGACUGACCCUGUGUAGCCGCCUUACAGUCCCAUCAAGGAACCAUACUGUACAUUCCGGAGCUUCAAAUGCAACAUCACACCCCGCCCAAUAUUUUCCCAGGUGAACAGGGAUUUUAUUUAUCUUCCCAAACGUUGCGCAUGAAUCGAUGGACGCCAUGAGAAAAUUAGGACACACUCUCUGUGAUACACAAUCAAGAUGUAAAAAUAAAUAAGAUGGAGAGUCAUCAGGUGGAUGUGCUGCAUCCCCUGUCUGUUUUUUAAAAGAAAAUGUCCACAAACUACUGAAAAUGUUUUUUUAUUUUGGAAUAGACUUUGACUAGUGUUUGACUAUUUCCUCAUCCAACUGGUUUUAUUUGUGUUUAUUUUGCACUACGUUUGAGCAACACUGGAGCGUUGUGAUGCAGGAAUGAUGAUGCUUUUCUGUGGAGGGUUGAAGCGGCACUUGCCUGUCUCACUGCUGUGUAUGGUAAAGUCCCACUGGAACACUGCACCACUGCCUUGACAUGCACUACUUCUGGGUUUUUGUUUGUGUUGAUUUGGAGUCUUUGGCACUGAACCAUGGGAAGGCGAAGCAGUGUUUCACUCUGACGGGAUGAUUUUAGCUAAAUGCCUUAAACAUGUUCCCCCUGACCCCGCCCACCGUGCCCCCUCCUCAUGUUUCAGGCGAGUCCUUCUUUUAAGAAACAUGUUUCCAUAGAUUCUUCAUUCGUCAAGUGAAUGUAUUUGCCAAAGACUUAAUUUUUGUCAGUGUUUCUUUACAGAUAUGCAUCACGAGAACAGUAUUAUUCUUAUUAUUUUGGGGGGUCUGAAUCAAUUUUAUGUAUAAAUUCUAUGCAGUGCAGAGACGGUCAUCAUAUGCAGCUGUAAACCUAAAGGUAGGUGGAGUUAUUUAAUGUUAUUAUUUACAUAAUUUUUGUGUGUGAAGCGAAGACUCUUCUCUGUAAAUAAGAAAAAAAAAUGUCUUUCAUGUUCAUGAGAAUCACCACGUCAUUAUGCUG